AGAGAGCACAGAUCGUGUAUGUGAUCAUGGAUUUAACGAUGUGACAUAAAAAUUUCAUAAAAUUGUUAAAUUUACCAAACCCCGUUGGGCUACAGUUUAUUUCCGCAGUGAAGUUUUCAUCUUGGACCAGGUCAUGGCAGAUGUUUUGGCUGUGCGCAAACUUUGCGCGGCCGUGGUUCUGACGCUUCUCCUGUGCGCGCGGACCCUCCGGGGCUUCUCGGUGGCGGGGCAGCAGGACAACACCUGCGAGGACAACGGCAGCAUUUACUACGUGGGAGAAUGGUAUUUCCUGGACUCUGAUCACUGCACCCAGUGCGAGUGCACUGCCGAGGGCUCGGUCUGCGCGCGCACAGAGUGCACGUCUCUCCCGGCCGCCUGCAUCCACGUGAGCCACUACCCCACAGACUGCUGCCCCAGGUGCGAGAAGAUCGGCUGCGAGUACCGCGGGGUGGUGUACGAGCUGGGGCAGGAUUUCCAGCCAUCAGAGUGUGAGCAGUGCACUUGUGACAGUGACGGCAUCGCUCGGUGUCUGGUUGCAGACUGUGCCCCUCCACCGUGCGUCACUCCUGUGUACCAACCUGGGAAAUGCUGUCCUGAAUGCAAGGAGGGUCCCAACUGUUACGCUGAUGAAUCCCGCAGUCAGGUGAUUCCUGCAGGAGAACCCGUUUGGGUCGACUCCUGCACUAAGUGUCGCUGUCAUGACGGCCAGGAUGCCGGCUACUGGGAGGGAAACCGCCUCGCCACCUGCUCCCGCCUCAAAAACUGUACGCCCGACUCACCGCUCGUCCUCGAACACUGAUAUACCACGGGAGCAGCAGUUAGCUUAAAAUACAUAUUCAGCUGUGGCUGACGAGCUGCACGCCACAUCCUCUUGCACAGGAAUGACACACGGUGACACUUUAAUUACAACCUGAAAAUAAAAAUAAAAAAACAACACUCGAUUGGGACCAGAGUCAGACUGGCACAUCUGCAACAAAGUCUGCAACGAAAUCUAAACUCGUGUAAAGAUGAACAGAACUUUAUUUUUCAAGUCGUCAGCUUUCAUAGAACAUAUUAAAUCAAAGAUCUAGUUGUUUUUUUAGCUCAGUAUCUGUAAAAUUACAGCGGUAUAGCCAUUUUUGUGUAGGCUGUGGUGGCUAUCUUGGCUAAUCAGUAGUAGACAUGCAUUGGACGAUUACUUCAUGAAAAUGAGAUGCUUUGCUAAAUGUGCAGGUAAAUAAACACACAGGCAAAAGAAAAAAAACAUUAUCGCUGUAACAGUUUGGACAAAAGACACUUAACCAUGAAAAUGUGACCUCGCUCCACUUCUUCAAAAACACUCAUUAGCUGUUGAGUUUUUGACCCAGAGAGUAGAAUGCCUUUUAAAAAAAAAUUAAGCUUACUGUACUUGCCACCGUACAAGUCGCAUCAGUCCAAAUAUGUGUAAUAAAGUGAA